CAUCUCCGGUCUCUUGGCUUCGCCAGGGCCCACCGGAGAGAGCUGACACCCGGGUCCUAUAAUCCUUAUGGGGGACCAACCUUGUACCUCCGGGAGAUCCACGCUCCAGCCUGGAAACACGCGGGAAAUCAAGCCUCCAAAAAAGCGCUGCCUCCUAGCUCCACGUUGGGAUUAUCCAGAAGGAACCCCCAACGGAGGUAGUACCCCUCUCCCUUCCACACCUCCUCCAGCAUCACCGGGCCUGAAGUCGCACCCACCUUCUCCGGAGAAAUAGUACAAUAUACUUCUCUCACCCCA